AUGGGGGAAGGUGAGAGGGUGAGGUCAAAAGAGGAGAGGAGUGGAAAGAAGGAGGCAGAGAGGAAUAAGUCAAAGGUAAACGUGGGGAGGUUAAAGUCUCCCAGGACUGUGAGAGUUGCAGAGAAACAGAGUAAAGAUGUGUUUUUCAUGCACAACAGCACAUUCUGUGCCAAAAUGUCAGGCAUUGGGGGAAAUUAUCUUUACCAAGUGUCAGACGGAAUUGAGGAAGUGCGCUCUGUGCAUGACACGUCGGGUAAACUGGUGGACUGCUCAGUAACCAUCAACCAUACGCAGAUGCAUGAUGAACUAUUGACCACAUUUAGUCAUUCAACUGUUUCCCUGAUUUCGGUGCAUGUUGGUUUGUUGUUAUUUUUUAAUAUACAUUCGCCGUUUGCAGGAGAGUUCGCGGCGACUGACAGUUGUUGCCGCGUUCAUGACCACUGCCCCUACGUCAUCCAUGCGUUUUCCUCAAAAUACGGCUAUACCAAUUUCAAGUGGCAUCCCCUUAGUCACUGUGACUGCGAUAAUGCGUUGAAGGAGUGUCUGAGGAAAGUCAAUGACACCUCCUCCAGGGUGGUUGGCCAAGCUUUCUUCAAUGUCAUUGAAGUGCCCUGUUUCCAGUUCAUAUAUGAAGAGCAAUGUGUGGAGCGCCACUGGUAUGGCGUGUGUAAAAAAUAUGACAAGCUCCCGGUUGCAGUGCCUAGAGAGUCCAUCCCGUAUGAUUUCGGAGGUAUUGACGUUAUUGACGUGCUGACCGUGGCUCCUCAGAAAGAGACAAAGGAAACAGGCACAGAGCAGGACAAUCCUGAAGGCACAACACAGUCCACUGUUUCUGGCUCCCAGACCACUGGCCCUGAGGAACCCUCCCUCAAGAACAUGGUCACAGUCGCUGAGGACUUCAUCAAAUUUCUGGCCACCGUCUCCACCUCUCAGGGUUCGGCUACAGACAACACCAAAGGAGAGACACAAACCUCAGAGAAGAAGAAGAGGAAGAACACUGCAGGGAAAAAUAAGAAAAAUAACAAGAAAAGGAAAGGGAAAGGAAAAGGGAGAAAGAGGAAGCAGAAAAUCGACUCAGUCUCAAAAGGAGCAGAGGAGUCCUACCAAGUUAGUCCUACCAAAGCAGAGGAAGUUGUCAAUAAGAGUAGCUUUGUAAAUGAGCCUGAGAAUGAUGACCAGUUGAACAGAAAUGUCAACUGUUUCAGUGAUGGUGAAAAAGAUUGUGGAGGGAAAGAGGAGCUUUCUAAUGAUGUCAUGAGAGAUGAACCACAUGUAGAUGAAGAAAGUGCUGCAGAUGCCUCUGACACCUCAGCCACUGCUGUCAAGAUGGAGCAGACAAUGCUGGAAACUCCGGCUCUGAAGGAUCACACAGAAACAGCGUCUCUUUCUGCAACCACCAGCACACCCAUUGUGACCACACAGAAAACCAAAAGGCAGAGGUCAAGAAAGGGGGAAGGGAGGAAAAAACAGAGCAACAUAACGCCAACUGUCACCCCUAAAGGAGUUGCACGCCAUACCACCAUUAAACAGGACCUCCCAACAACCACAACAAAGAGCUCUGGCACCCCAACCAUCCCUACCAGCACUGCCAUAAUCUCUGCAGAUCAGCCUGCGCAACUAAAGUUAGAGAGCCACAGUGAAAAGGGACAUGUUACGGUUACUGCCGGCAACCCCAUUGUGACUUUUAUCAAAAGCAAAAGGCACAGGUCAAAGGAGAGAGAGAAAACAAAUAAAUGGAGGAAAAUCCCUCCCACUCUUCCCAUGGUGGGGGAUACUUUCCGAAACCCCACUGAAAAGGAUCUUGAAGUGAUCACUACUGAGAGCACAAGUGCUCCAGCCAUCACCACCAUCACUACUGUUCGCGUUGCAGGGCAGCCAGUGUCACACAGACCUGAAAGUCACAAUGAGAAGGGAUCCAAUACCACUACGACUGUAGGCUCAACUUUGAGUGAGACCAAAAGGCACAGGCUGAAAGAGAGAGAGGGUAGAAAGACGAGGAGAAAAGGCAUAUCAACUCUUUUGGCUGAGGGCACAUCUCUUCAGAAUCCCACUGAAGAUGCCCUUCAUACAGUCACUACUGACAGCACUGUUGUACUGAACAUCCCCACAACCACCCCUGUAGUCGUUGCAGAGAUGCUAACGACACAGAGCAUAGAGAGUCAUAGUGAAAAGGGACUUCUCACCAGAACAGCCAGCGAUCCCGUUAUGACUGGGAGAAGACAAGGAUCAAAAGAGAGGGAGGGUAGAAAGAAAAGUAAAAAAGUGACCAUACCCACUGUUGUCAAGGAUGAGGUUCCUAUCCAUAAUGACAAUGAAACUAAACUUGAAGAAAUAAUAACAGGUACAAGUCUGACACCCUCAGCGUCAGAAAUCUCAUUCAAAGUUGACGAAGUAGGAGAGUUCAAUCUACAGGGUUCUGAGAACUACAGAGAACAGGCCCUCAGAGAACAGACCAGCACACACACUAUAAGUCCAAUAAAAUACACUGUCCAGAAAACGGAAGAGAGAAUAGGUAGAAAGAAAAGGAGAAAACCACCACAAUGAGACUCAUACUAACAAUGUUGCUAGUAUAGAAUGAAAGAGUGAAAUGAUGUCCUAGAUGACUAGUCUGGCUCUUGACUAUCAGGAAAACCUGCUAUGCAGACUCAGACGUAUGUGUAGUAUGUGUUAGUCGUCAUCUUGUGUAUGUUUUGUCAAAUCAACAUUUUAUGCCACUAUUCAACAGGAAUUGAAACAAGUGAAUGAAGAAUCAGGAUAAUGUUUUGUAUUAUAGUAUGUGCAUUUAAACACCAAUGAUUAA